UCCUGCCAGGGACGAUACGCUCUUAAGUUGAUGUUGCGUCAUGGAAAGAGGUCUGUGGUGUUUGGGAAACAUGGUUUAGUUUUUUACUGGUUGCAAUGUUCAGAAAACACAAUCAGUAAAUAUUUAGAGAGAAAUGAGUGAAUGAUUUAUCUUCUUUACCGGGAGAGGUCGGCUACAAAAUGACCAGGAAGACUCAACGUACUCACACACGGAGUUGGCCCAAAGACUAAACCCUCUUGACCGGUCAUGGAGUCUGCUAUUGGUGUGCUGGUGUCCCAGUUCAAGGCGUAUGCUGGCAGCGAUGGUUCCUCUGACACACUGAGCAGAGAGGAGUUCCACAGGCUGGUCCCAGCAGAGCUGCCCAACUUUGUCACGAAUGCUGCCGACCCCGCUGCCAUUGACCAGCUCAUGAGCUCAUUGGACAAGAACAGUGAUGGAGAGCUCAACUUCCUGGAGUUCUGGCAGCUGAUUGGGCACCUAGCAAGCAAGCAUGGGGGCUUCAACCAAUAGUGUGCUGUCCUCAGAUACUCAGUUAGUUAUGUUACAGUUGUGUGUCUGUAACUGACUAGUCUGUGUGUAAUGCAGUUUGAACAAAAAAAAUGGAAAACAGCCAAAAGGAAAACACCCUUACGCCUGUUUCAACUGCACACCGCCUUUUUGUAUUUGUACCAGCAGCCUGUGCCUCUCUCACCCCGUCCUCCCACUCCCAUGUCACAGAAUACAAUGCAUUUGCAAUAUUAGAACCUGUCAUGUUUUCUAAAACACACACACACACACACACUAGCAGUCUCAGUUGCAUGUGCUUACAGGUCUAAACGGGAGUUGCACAAUGUAAAUGAAUUGUCAGAAAACUGUGAGUGUGAGUGUGAGUGUGUGUGUGUGUGUGUGUGUGCGUGUAUGUUAGCCUUGAUGUAUUAGGCCUAUUGACUUCUGUAAUAACUGUAAAACGCAUCUUGUGAUGAUCACCUCCCUCCUCUACACAAAGAGGAGGUCUGUUGUUGGCAGAGCAUGAUUUUCUAUUUCAAGCUGGACAAUCAAAUUAAAAUAAUUUGUUGUUAACAAAA